GCGGAGACGGGCUGAAAUGAUACCCUAGGCCGUGCCGGCGUUUCCAGCUGCAGACAGUUAUCACAUUUGCUAGGGGAUCAACGUGUCGUGGCUUCAUGAACCACGUAACCCUUUGUUCCCGGCGCGAAAAUCCCUCAUGUUCCUUGUCAAACGGUCUUAGUUGGCGCUCGGAGAGGUCGUGGUGUGUUGUUCUCGAGCAAUCCGGACCUCUCAUGCCAUAGGGGAUGGAGCAUUCGUGAACGAGAAUACGAUCACGUGCCGGUUGGUGUAUGCCGAGUCACAGUCCGCUUCAAGAAUAUUUUUUGGGCCCAACAAGCGAUUGGCCAAUGGCUCCCGCUAUUGGUACCUCCGUGGAAUCAGACGAAGCGAUACACGGGCCAACCUUGAGGAAUUCUGGGUUCUACGUCCUCUAUUUCGAGCUAUGGUCAACCGUUACAACACGCAUUGACCAACAUCUGAAGAGUAAGCAGUGUCAUCGCCCUCGGUUGGGCAUCGUUGUCUCCCUGCGCACUAGUACGCCAUGUGUUCACGCACCAUCGAGCUUCACCGAUGGUGCUCGGCUGCUUCUCGCGUCCACUAGAGAUACUCCUCAGUUCUGCUUGGCUGACACACAACGUGCCGGCCUUUCCACCAUGGACUCGAAACACUGUUGGCCAGUCACCUUAUCUCCUCAGGCUGCAGAGAUGCGUCUUAGCUAUUGCAUCCGGUCAUCCAGCAUUGCCACUGGGAUGGAACGCUAGCAACAUCCGCAUGCAUGUUGCAUUGCACGGACUGGCUCCUUCGUUCAGCUGAUCUGUAUCCCCACUCAACGGCUGGCUUUGCCCGUGGCCGGUCCGUUGUUAACUGACUAGGCCCUGCACGCUGACAGGCAUUGCUCUCU